AUCUCUCUCGUCGCGCAAACUCAGUGCCCUUUCUCUUUCUACUCUCUCUCUAGAGCAGCUUUCAUUCAUGGCGGACGGUGGCCUGACUGUGCUUGAUGGAUCGCAGAUAAGAAAUUCCCUAACCCAACUAUGCAACCCCUUUGACAGCCCAAUUUCGGGCUUCAUUUUUCUUGAAAAGGCGACUUCUCAAGCCAGAACUCUCUUGUUUGGCCUCUCCUUGCCUGAACAUCUCACUUCCAUUGUUGGAGAGCGGGUGGGUCUGCACGAUCCUGACUUUCUCUCUCUUCAACUUGAUCCUGACCAGGCAUUUUUGAAGCUUCGUGAUUAUCUCCAAAUUCUCGCUGAUAAGUUAAAAGAUGAUCCGCUAGUUGUUUCCAUUCUCGAUGGGGGAGUCCUUCGGCUUUUCUUGGAGGAUGAAGACGAUUUUGCCAUGUUGGCUGAGAAUAUAUUCACCGAUUUAGAUCUAGAAGACACUGGCAAGCUCAGCAAAAAUGAAAUACAAAAUGCUCUCAUUCAGAUGGGCGUAGAGAUGGGUGUUCCUCCUUUUUCAGAUAGGAUGGAAACAGAUGCUCUUCUUACCAGCAUUUUGAAGAAACAUGGAGCCGAAGGCACAGAAGAGCUUGGCCAAGCCCAAUUUGCUCACCUGCUUCAGGCCGUCCUCCAAGACCUUGCCGAUUCCCUAUCCUCAAAGCCCAUUGUUGUCAUCCAAGAUAUCAAGGUCAUCAAUGGCUCCAAGCUCAGAAAGGUUUUGGAUGACCAGAAACAAUUGAAUGAAAUAACUGAGAGCAUUUUUAGAGAUGUAACGAGUAAAGAGAAUGGCCCACCGAGCAUAGAGAAAAUAAGGGGUUACCUAGAGAGAAAAGGGUCUGAACUGGGCCUCCCCCCAUUAGAAGCCAAUCCAGCAGUGGUGCUUCUGUAUGGUCAAGUGUUUAGUGGGCUUGAUAAAGAUAAGAGUGCUGAGCUAGAGAGAGAAGAGUUUGAGGGAAUUGUAAAGGGAAUAUUCAAGGCCUUCGUUGAGGAACUCCAAGCCAACCCAGUCUUCCAUGACCUUGAAAGUUAAAAGAGAUUUUUCUCACUGCAACAGUUACUUUGGUUCCUCCAAAACCCAGUACUGCUUGGGAAACCAACAUUACCUGAGUUCCACCUUGAUCAUCAUCCAGGUAUGUCUUCUUAUGACCAUGUUGGAGAAAUCAUAUACGUGUGAGUUUACAUCCCUUUUGCUUAGAGGACAGUUGUUUUAAAACGUAUCGCUGGGUUUUUGUAACGCAAUUUUGCGUGUCUUAUAUCAAUUCUCAAUUGAUUUUUUGUAAUUACAUAAGUGAUGGAUUUGUUGUGUGCAACAUAUUGCAUGUUUUAAUGUCAAUCUUUAUUUGUGUGGCA